AUGAAUCUCAUUCACCACGCGCUGAGUGAGUUCAAACUCCGAACCCGCGUCUCCCGUACCCUGUCCGAGGCUCUGCAGCACCGCACCCCCGACUCCCUGCAGCGCGUGACAGAGCUCGCGGACGCGCACCCCGAGGUCGUCCUGGAGGCCCUCCUUCCCUGGCUUGCCCCCGCCAAGCCCCUCACCAGCCACGCCGCGCUCCUCCUGCUGGAACACCUCGUGGGGGCCUGCAACUACGCAUUCCACCUCGCCCUCGCGCGGGGCCGGGGGCUGCAGGAGCGGCUCCUCAGCCUCGCCCUGGUCCGCGCCGAGGACGAGUCCCACCGCGCCCUCCAACGCCUAGCCCGGCUCACCCUGCUUGAGUACUCCCGCGGCUUCGCCGAUGACCCCGCGCUGCGCGGCCUCGCCGGCCUCCUCUGCGUCUUCGAGACCCGCACGGGGAAAAGCCUCCUGCGCUGUCUCAACGUCCAGCGCCGGACGGUGCGCUUCCGCAAGGUCGAGCCCGGGGACUACAUCCUCCUCAGCCCGUCCCCGGACUCCGCCACACCAACCGAAGACGGGGCUGUUACAGAGGCGGACGCGGAGGGCCCCAAAGGCCCACGGCGGGCCCUGGCGCCGCUGCGCUUGACCGCGGCGGAGGUCUGGCCGUGUCGGGUCUGCGGGUAUUGGAACACGCCGUCGGGGAUGCGGUGUGCGGCCUGUGAGACCACGCGCCAGGUCCCCUCCCCUUCCCCCUCCGUCGACGGGAAAGGGGAGGGGACGAAUGGGGAUCCGACAACGGAGUCCGUCGAAACCGGGCGGGGGAAUGCACUCAAGGAGCCUUGGGGGAUGGGAGAAUCCGACAGUCCGGUAUGUUCUGGUUUUAAGGAGACUGACGAGGAUGAAAUGAAUGGAAAAAUGGCAUCGGGGUUGUAA